GAGCCUCUCUUUUAGGCCCGUCCAUCUGUGAAUCUAACCUCAGUCUCUGGGAACCAGGAAGCAUGCAUCUCCUCUUAUUUCAGUUACUUGUUCUCUUGCCUCUGGGGAAGGCAGACCUAUGUGUGGAUGGCUGCCAGAGUCAGGGCUCUUUAUCCUUUCCGCUCCUAGAAAGGGGUCGCAGAGAUCUCCAUGUGGCCAACCACGAGGAGGCAGAAGACAAGCCGGAUUUGUUUGUGGCCGUGCCACACCUCAUGGGCACCAGCCUGGCUGGGGAAGGCCAGAGGCAGAGAGGGAAGAUGCUGUCCAGGCUUGGAAGAUUCUGGAAGAAACCUGAGACUGAACUUUAUCCCCCAAGGGAUGUGGAAAGCGAUCAUGUCUCAUCGGGGAUGCAGGCCGUGACUCAACCAGCAGAUGGGAGGAAAGUGGAGAGAUCACCUCUGCAGGAGGAAGCCAAGAGGUUCUGGCAUCGGUUCAUGUUCAGAAAGGGCCCUGCGUUCCAGGGAGUCAUCCUACCCAUCAAAAGCCACGAAGUACACUGGGAGACCUGCAGGACUGUGCCCUUCAACCAGACCAUUGCCCAUGAAGACUGUCAAAAAGUCGUUGUCCAGAACAACCUUUGCUUUGGCAAAUGCAGUUCCAUUCGUUUUCCUGGAGAAGGGGCAGAUGCCCACAGCUUCUGCUCCCACUGCUCGCCCACCAAAUUCACCACCGUGCACUUGAGGCUGAACUGCACCAGCCCAACCCCCGUGGUCAAGAUGGUGAUGCAAGUAGAAGAGUGUCAGUGCAUGGUGAAGACGGAACGUGGAGAGGAGCGCCUCCUACUGGCUGGUUCCCAGGGUUCCUUCAUCCCUGGACUUCCAGCUUCAAAAACAAACCCAUGAUUACCUCAACAGAAAACCAAACCUCAACAGAAUAAGUGAGGGUUAUUCAAUCUGGAAAUGUUAAGUGAGUUAUAUAAAGAUCAGUGGAAAAUAUCGUUCUCUCUCUCCCUCUCCCUUUCCCUCUCCUUCUCCCCCCUCUCUCUUUUUCUCUCUCUCUCUGUAUGUGUGUGUGUGACACACACACACACACGUUUGUGUUUAGACAGGGUCUUAUGUAUUCUCCGCUGGCCUCAAACUCACUAUGUGGCUGGGGAUGAUUUUAAACUCCUGAUCCAAUUCCUGAAUGCUGGGAUUACAGACAUGCUCCAUAAUACAUAGCUCCCAGGGGAUUUUUAAAAGAGAUUUUGCAUGUUUCAAAGUUGCCUUUGACACUCAGGAAAUAUUUUGAUUCUAUUGAAUGGGCCUUGCCACAGAUGUGGGAAGCAGCUUGCUUGGUAGCCCAUAUAUAUAUAUAUUUUCUUUCUGUACUCUCCACAUGAAGUUUUUACUGUUGGCUAUCUGGUUUUGAAGAAGGAAUAGUGAAGGUACUCUUAACAGUUUACACGUGGAGGGGGCUCAGGCACUAGGAACCAAACCUUUUCCUGGAAUAUGAGGAAAAUACAUGAACAGUAUUAGAGUCACUCAAGGAAGUUACUAGGAAACGCCAUAAGUCUCCAAGUACAUUGUGAGUCAUUUUGAAGGAAAACCGUGUAUAUAGACGAAAUCUUCUACUCAUAUGCAUUUGAAUCUUCUAGCAAGUUGGGUUUCUAUGUUUGGGCUUCUUCCUAUUGUCUAAGAGUGUGUGUGACAAAUUCAAUCUGACAAAUACCUCAAUGGCAAAUUCUGAACCUG